UUGCCCCAAAAACCCGCAAGCGCAGCGACACACCACGGCCAUCCCAUCAUGCCGCUCCCGCUGAGCCACCUCGCCCGCCGCCGCCUCCUAGUGCCGCGCGGCCCCGCCGCCACCGACGGUCUCCGCCGGCGCUUCCUCCACACGAGCCCGCCGACGGACCCAGACGUCCUCGCGUGCCGGCUGGCCUCCCGCGCCGUGGUCCGCUUCCGUGGCCCGGAGGCGGCGCGGUUCCUCAACUCGCUGCUCACCAACGACCUCCUCGCCUCCCGCUUCUCCUCGUCCUCCCCGUCCUCCCAGCCGCAGCGGUUCGCGCCCACGCCUAACGUCCCCGCGCGGGCGCCGCCCCCCGCCUACGCGGCGCUGCUCACGCCCCAAGGGAGGUUCCUCUACGACCUCUUCCUCUACCGCCCGGCCCCGCGGUCGCAGAUGCUCGACCGCACCGGCUCCGCGCCCGAGACCGGCGAGGCGCCCCGCGGGGAACAGGAGGAGGAGGACGGAGGGGAGGUGCUCGCCGACGUCGACGCCAACGAGGUCGACGACCUCCUCGCGUGCUUCAAGAGAUACCGGCUAAGAAACAAGGUUGAGAUAGAUAAUGUAAGCGAGGAGUUUUUGUGCUGGCAAAGAUUCGGAAGCAACGUGGCACAUUCUGAAUCUUCUACUCAAGAACCUGAGGCUGAAUCCAUUGGAUGGGGGCAAGGGACUGACCUUGCUGCCGAGUCAUCUGCACAAGGGAAUGGUCAUGGGUGGCAGUGGCUCAAAGAUCCUCGACUCGAUUAUCUUGGGUAUAGAGGGAUAUUUCCAGCUGAUACAAUACCACCACUUGUUGAGUCUGACAAAGAAGCAGACGAACGGCAUUACUUACUUUGGCGAAUAGAGAAUGGAGUUGCGGAGGGCUCAACUGAGAUACCAAAAGGUGAAGCAAUUCCACUCGAGUACAACCUUGCUGGCCUGAAUGCUAUUUCAUUUGACAAGGGUUGCUACAUCGGGCAGGAGCUCAUCGCACGCACACACCACCGCGGUGUCAUUAGGAAGCGCCUGAUGCCCUUAAAGUUUGUAGAUGAAAACGACCAAGAACUAGAACAAGCUGUUGCUCCAGGCUCCGACGUCAUGGACGAUGUUUCUGGUAAUAAAGUCGGUACAGUGAGCACAGCUCUUGGCAGCCGUGGAAUGGGCCUGUUGCGGCUCGAAGAAGCACUGAAGCAUAAUUCGUCCCUCGCCAUCAGCAACAACACGGGUGUUAGAGUCAAGGCAAUUAAACCAGACUGGUGGCCUGCCGAGUGGACACAGGCCCUAGAACAGCAGAGUGCAGUCGCCUGAUAGCUGCAGUUUCAGUACCUGAUCCGAAAAUUCCAGCGAAGUGAAGCUCUUCGGAGUUUAGAGAGGCAAGCCUGUAGGAUUUGGCUGCGUUAAGCAGAGGCCCCCGUUAGCGGAGCUGUUUCCGACAGUUAAGCAGAGGUUACUUGACCAAAUGUUUGUUCUGUGGUGUACCAGUGCUGAACCUAAUAUCUUCUUCACUGCCUUCACCAGUUCACUUGUAUCAGUGAUAGAUCAUAGACCAUGAAUAAACGGACGUGUACAGAGCAGUUGAUCCAAACACUCGAAAAACUCAAAUAAGUUGCCCUGUUCAGGGUUUGUUACUUGUCCAGCAAACAUGUUCUUUUGGAACAGUCAGAAGCGGAUGUUCUGGUUUCGUA